AAAUGCAGUAGCGAAUGACAGUUCAGGGUUUUCACAGUUAGCUCGAAACUGUAAGAGAUAUAGUUAGUGAUUCCAUUCCAAUCUUCCAAUUGGAGACAGUCGUCAAAUGGUAGCAUGAACUGGAAAUAAAUUCAAGGCUUCUGUUCAAAAGUACUGGAUUUCUUAUUGAACUACAUUUUGGGAAAACAUCACUAACUGUAAUUUUCGAGCAUGUGUACAGGGAAGUGUUCAAAGUGCAUUGGAAGAAUGCUGUUUCCUCUGGGGUUAUGUGCUAUCAUAGCCAAUAUUCUUCUGUAUUUUCCUAAUGGAGAGGUGCUUGAUGCAGAUAAGAUAACCGAUUUUGUCUGGUACUUCCAUGGGAUCCUAGGAGCUGGGUUAAUGGUCUAUCUGCCAGCCUUUUUGAUGUUGGGUGCUGGAGGGCAAGGCUGCUGUGCAAACAGAUGUGGGAUGCUGUUGUCUAUGCUCCUGUCUGCAUUGGGGGUCUUUGGAGCGGUGUACUGCAUGAUCAUGUCCUCACUGGGUCUAGAGCAGGGUCCACUCUGUGACACAGGGGAUGGGGACUAUGUAUACCCCUUCAAAAACCAGACACUGGAGGAGAGCUACCUUUUUAAUCAGACUGCAUGGGACAUCUGUAAGAAACCUAAAAAUGUGGUCCUUUGGAACAUCACCCUGUUCUCAAUCCUCCUGGCGAUCAGUGCACUUGAGGCGGUCUUGUGCCUCAUUCAAGUGCUUAACGGGCUCUGUGGAUGUUUAUGUGGCACUUGCAAGAAGCAAAGACGGACUGGUGUCGCGUGAAGGGAUUGAGAGGAUUCAUUCAGCAGUAAUGGAUAAUCUGCUAACAGACAGUACAAAGGAAUUGUUUUUCAUUGUAUUUAUUUCUCUCAUGUGUUUUUAUAAACUAUGAACAGCAUAUUCAAAUAUUCAUAAU